AUGGAGUUUGCUACUUUGAUCAAUAAUAAGGCAAAUAUGCAUCUAAGAGACUAAUAUUAUAUUGUCUAGGCCUCAAUAAAUAGAGGAGCUAAAAUUUUAUCUUUUAGUGAUAGCAGUUAUAAAAAUGAAAUAUCAAUACCAGAAUAGAAAUGGUUAAAAUUCUCUCAAGUGAAUUCACAAGAUUAUAUUGUAGGAACAGAAUUAGAUAUAAACAACUAUUCAUAGAAAUCAGCUUAACUGGAAGGUUGCUCUGACCCAAUAUCUUCUUUAAUUUAUUUUGAAGCUGGGAUCUAAGUUAAAAGAUAAAUGGAUCAAUAUAAUAUGAAAUCAAAUAAGAAUUAGCUGAUAAUAUAACAUAAUUGCUAACUUAUGAUGUAUUUAUUAUUGAAUAUAUUUUAAAUUGUCAAUUCAUCAAUCAUUUAUUCCAAUUAAUAAGCGGAUCAAACAAUAAGAGAUCCAUUAAAAAAACCACUCCUAGAAUAUGGAUAACAAGAACAUAAAGGAAUGCAAAUUACAGAUAUUAUAUCCAUACAAGAUAAAAUUAUAUCUGGAGAUGAAAAAGGAGUUUUAAUAGAGAGGUAAAUUGAUGAUUCUUUAAAUGGAUGUAUACAGGGAUAUUUUUUUAAUAUCAAUAAUUGUUAAAAAUGCAAUGAUAUUUGUAAAACAUGUGAAAAUUCAGCAUCCAAUUGUACAAGUUGCUUUGAAAAUUAGUAAAGGGAACUAAAAUCAUAAGGAUCUACUCAAACAUGUGCUUGCAAAUAAAACUUUUAAGAAGGUUCUGAUAAUGUUUGUGUGGAUUGUCAUCCUAGCUGUUUAACAUGUUGGUUGCCAAAUAAUCCUUUGAAGUGCUCAAGUUGUGAUGAUUCAGAUAGUAUUACAGGAAAUAAAUAAGCUUAAAUUUCAAUUAUAGGGUUGUAAAGUAAAUGCAUAUGCAAAGAUGGUUAUUACUAAGAUGAUCAUUUUUUAUGUAAGAAGUGUCCUAAAAAUUGUAAGACAUGUACUAGUUCUUCUUAGUGUACUUCAUGUGUCACAAAUCCUAAUUAUUUAUUUUAACUAAUUGAUGGUAAAUGCAAGUGUUCUUUAGGAUAUUAUAGUGAAGAAGUAGAUUCUGAUUGUAAAAAGUGCCCAAUAUAAUGCAAAAGCUGUGAGAGCUCAUUAGAAUGUCUUGAAUGUCAAAAUCCAGUAAAUAAUAAUAGGUUAAAUCUUUCACAGGAUAAGCUGUGUAAUUGCAUGCCUGGCUACUAUUAUGAUGGUAAGAACAUUUAAUGUUAAUAGUGCUCUAAAUAUUGCUAGAAAUGUGAUUCCUAAAAUAAUUGUCUAGAAUGUUAAGAUAAUUUGAAUAGAAUGAUUCAAUAAAAUGGAUAAUGCCAAUGCAAAGAAGGUUUUUAUGAAUAAAGCAACGGUUAAUCUGCUUGCAUAUAAUGCCCUUAUAACUGCAAGACUUGUGAUAAUUAAGGAAAAUGCACUUCAUGUCCUGAUUCUAGCUUAUUUUUUAGGAAAUAAAUAGGAUCAUAAAAUAAUUGUGAUUGUAUCGAUGGAUACUUUGACGACGGUAAAUCAAAAGAAUGUUAAAAAUGUGAUGAUAAUUGCUUAUCAUGCAAUUAAAAGGGAAAAUGUUUGUAGUGUGCUUCAAAUAACAUUAAUAAUUUCAGUGGUUUAGUUGAUACUAAUGGAAAUUGUUUAUGCUAAGAUGGAUACUAUCUAGAUGAUACUUUUUAAUGUAAAAAGUGUCCUUAUUAUUGUAAAACUUGUCAAAAUAGUAUUCAAUGCCUCUCUUGCAAUAAUGAUUAAAAUUAUUAUAGACAAUCAAUAGAUAAAAGUAAUAAAUGUGAAUGCUAAUAAGGAUUUUAUGACAAUGCGUAAUUAAUGUGUGAGCGAUGUCCACUUAAUUGUUUAUCUUGCAAUAUUAAAGGGUGUACUGAAUGCAACUAAAAUAACAAUAGAAAAGCAAUUUCAGAAAGUCCAACAUGUGAAUGCAAAGAUGGAUUUUAUCAGCUUUCUAACUCAGCCUAGUGUCAAAAAUGUCCAUAAAAUUGUUUGACAUGUGAUAAUUAAGGAAAUUGCUUAAGUUGUGAUAGUAAAUCUAACAGGAAAUCUAUUUCUUAAAGUAAAAACUGUCAAUGCUAAGAUGGAUUUUAUGAAGAUUAAAAUAGUAAAGAGUGCAAGAAAUGUUCUUAAAACUGCAAAAUUUGUUCAUCCUUUGACAAAUGUAUUUAAUGUGAUGAGAACUAAUUUAGAAUACUAAAUUAGAAUACUAGCUAAUGUGAGUGUAAUGAAGGGUAUUUUGAAAAUUAAGCUACUCAUCAAUGCUAAAAAUGCCACAAUAGUUGUAAAUAAUGCCUCGGUCCAAGUAUAAACGAAUGUUCAUAUUGCUUUUCUGAUCAAAAUAGAGUUUUGAAAGACAAUAUUUGUAUUUGCAAACCAGGAUUCAUUGAGAAUAAAGAAUAAAUAUGUUAAACAAAGUGUCAUUAUUCUUGUGAUAAAUGUCUUGGAAAUUUACAAAAUUAAUGCUUAGAAUGUGGCAAUUAAAGUUAAACAUUUAGAGAAUUAAAUAAGUAGAAAUAAAUAUGCUAGUGUUUAGAGGGCUAUUAUGAUGCUUAGGGGUAGUAAAACUGUAAUAAAUGUCAUUAGACAUGCAAGACAUGUACAGAUAAAAAUAAAAAUGACUGUUUAACAUGCUUUCAAAAAGAUUUUAGAGUUUUUAAUAAAGAAUCAAACUCCUGCAUUUGCAUGAGUGGAUAUUAUGAAAACUAAUAAACAGGAUAGUGCGAAAAAUGUCAUGAUACUUGUCAAGAAUGUUUUGGGAGUGGAGAUAAUUAAUGCUCUAAAUGUGAUGAAUUGAGUUCUAAAAGAAAAUUGAAUUAAAAUAAUCAGUGCUAAUGUAUACAAAACUACAGUGAAAAAAAUAAAAAAUGUGAAGCUGAUAAACUAAUUAUCUGUGAUUUAACUUGCUAAAUUUGUGAUUAAGAAUAAAAUUAAAUUUGUUAUAAAUGUAAAACCGAUAUGGGAUUAUAAUAUGAUAGUACUAACAAAAAAUGCAUAUGUAAUAGUGGCUAAUAUUUUAAUAAAUAAAUUGGAACUUGUUCAUAAUGUGAUUAAAACUGUGAGACUUGUGAACAAAAUUCCAGCUAGUGCUUAACCUGCAAAGCUGGAAAGCAACUAAAUAGAUAAAAUUAAUAGUGCGAAACCAUAGUUUUUCCUAGUAAUAUUCCUAAGACAGUCAUUUAGCAAGUAUAUAAUGUUACUGAGUCAUCAACAUAUGUAUCAGUUGGAGCAACAGCCAGUGGAUCUAUUUUACUUUCAUUUAUUUCUCCUAAUGGUAAUUUAGUGUCAUAGUUCUUGUCAAUUUAAAAGCUAAACCUCAUUCUUUUAGUAAAUUUAGCCCUUCCUGAAUUGCUUUACGUUUUCUUCAAAGCUGUUGGAGGCAAUAGUCCUCUCAUACUCAUUUAGAAUCUAAAUAUUUUAAAUAAAUUCAUUGUUCAUGAUUCAACAAGUCCAUAGCUAAGUAAUAAAUUCUCCACAGAAAACAUUGAUAGUAGUAUUUUCAUUAAUGGUGGUGGAAUUUUGACUGUCGUAGUUUCUAUUCUUACAAUAUUUAUUCCCUCAGUUUUAUUAUACAAAAACAAUUUCUUAAUUAUCAAUCAGCUCCAUUAAUACAGUUUGUUUGCCUAAAGAUCAAAAAAAAUUUAUGAAAAUAUAGUUUCAUCAGCUCUAAUUUAAGUUCAUGAGAUUAUCAUGCUAGUUUCUUACUUUUCGAUAGGCACUUAAAUCUUAUCGCUUUUUUUAUAUGGCUGUAAAGAUAGUUUGUCAUAUUACAGAAUAGUAUUUACCUUAAUACUCACAAUUUACUUCUGUAGGUUAACUUCAUUAAAGAGAAAUGCUUAGACAAAGUUAUGA